UUCCAGACCGUAAGGAUGUCUAGGCCUCUCCUCUCCCGCUCUUUGUCUACCUGCUCAAUUGAAGGAUCACCAAUCUCAUUACUCCUGUUUUUCAAUCGACAUGACCACCGUCUCUUUCCCUCUCCUCAAUCUCCCGACCUCUGCACUUCAAAAAAUACUGAAAAAGAUGAACCUUGUGGAACAUGUUUCUCUAUCAGUUCUCUCGGAGCACAUGAAACAACACAUCACUAUGUUGAACAAAAACCAGACUGCUUCAAUAACGGUUGAUAGUACAUCAAUUGUGGUGCAUAUAACUACAGACAUGUUCCAAGAUGUUGCAAUUGUUCUCAAGCUUAAUCAGUCAAGUGUGAAAGUGCGCAAGUACACGAACAACGGAUAUACAAAAACACAGCUAAAUGUACGAGGAUUCGCUGCAAAGUGGCUGGGACAUGUAAACCAAGUGUUCCUUCAAAACAAAGGUGUUUUAGUGCGAUAUUAUCAUUCGAGGAUAUUGUGCAAAGAAGUUUUAGAGUACAUCAGUGUACUGAACAUUGUUCGCCUAAUCAUGAACACAAAUUAUAUUGGAAACUGUCAUCUGCUGAGAUUGUUUCCAACACUACAAACGUUGAUUAUUGCCAAUGGUCCACUUCCCAAGUCUCUCCUUACCUACAACCUUGAGAUGCUAGAGUUUGACGAUGAAAAAGUGACAAUUGAUGAUUUACUAGCUUCAAAUUGCUCGCAGUUUCGAAUAAUCAACUCCAGUUUCACCAAUAAGGAGCUGAACAUCUUGAUCAGACAAUGGACUGAAGGAUCUAACGCCUGCCUCAAAUCAAUCGAUAUUAGUUUUUCGCAAAUUAUAACAAGUCGUUUCGAUGAGAGCGUCCUUUUUAAAGGGGUCGGAUACACUUGGAAGGAAGAAGUCCGGCCGAAGAAGAGAAGGUAUACAAUUGAAAGGAUCAAUGGAGUUCAGGCGAACGUCGGGAUUUGUCUAGCCGCUAACAUUUGCUUAAGUUUUAAUGUCGGUACACAUUGUUCAAGCACUGGCUUGAUUUAAAUUAUCUUACCAUUGACAGAACUGGCCUUUCUUUGCACGAUAAUAAAACAUCACACCAAAUUUGAUCGCGUUCACUGCUAUUUUUUUCUGUGAGCGUUCUCUUACUUAAAAAUCAAUACGAACUUAAAUUUUUAGCCAAAGUUCUGCUAGUUCUUAAUUAUUUUUUAACAUGCAUGGAUCUAAGCAUAAUUUCCAAAAAAUUUUUGAAUGAAUAACU